CGCGCAAUUCCACGACCUCUUCGCACCGACGAAGUCGUUGGCUUCACAGCCGUGCGCGGACGUCACCCCAUGGCGUCAUGGUGGUCCAGUGGCAAAACAGUGAGCAAGUGGUCAAGGAGAUUCUCCAAUGCUCACCCGCUCGAUGCAGCUCAGGGACAUGGAGCUAUGACAAUGUGAAAUUUAGCAUCGAAGAUGACAUCGCUCAGGUGAAGUUGGACGAUGCCCGAACAGGGAAUGCGCUGAGGCACAAGACCGUCCGUGCCCUGCUGGAUCUUUGCAUCGAGCUCCACAGACGACCAGAAGUCAAAGUCGUGGUUUUCACGGCCAGCGGCUUCUACUUCUCCUCCGGCGGCGCAUUUGGUGCCGACAUACCAGAGGACGAUAUUAACUUCGCGCCGAAGCUGAAGCCAGGUGCCAGCCAAUUUGAUGCUGGAGUGGCAGAAAACCUGCUUGUCGCCCAUUUGUUGUAUUUGCUGAGCACGCUGCCUCAAUACAAGGUAGCAGCCAUCAGGGGCAGCAUUUUGGGUGCUGGCAUCAGCUUGGUUGCAGCUAUGGAUUAUGUGCUGGCGCCCGAGAGCAGGACCCAGCUGAGUUUCAAAGAGGCCACUCGAGGUUUGGGCGCGUGUUGCUCCUGGCAGGCCACCAUUGCAAAGCUGGGCGUCCGGACCAUGCGACGCUUGUGUUUGCUGGCAGCAGACGUGAAUGCCUUUCAAGCUAAAGAGCUCAAGUUGGUCGACGAGAUCAUCGCCGGCCCCACCUCUCAAGCUUUUGGUGAGGCCGAUGCACGUGCCUUGGCCAAGGCCCAGCAGGUCGCCAGCUGGACCACAGAAGAGCGGCACGCACGGAAAUGCACUGGCCCUGGCAAGGCACAACCCUUGGAGCUUUGUGGAGGCUUGAUGACAGAGGCGGCUGAUUUGGAGGCUUUGCUUGAGGAGGUGCUGAGCAGCUCUGUCGUCCCUCGUUUGGGGCCUGCCAGAUUCAGCAAAGAGAUGUGGCCACACAAGGCGGUAAAACUGCAUAUGGCUGGUCAGCAACAUGUCGAGGCUUCACUUGAACGAGUGCGACGAGUGCGACGGCGAGCCGCACUCGGCUCUGGAGGGUUUGCUGGCCGCCUUGGCGGAACUCCACCGCACUCCGCCGGGACAGGUCCGUUUGGUCCAGGUCUCCUGCGACGCUUCGAUGUCUUUGGGCUGCGACCUCCCGAAGCUGCAGCGGGCCUUUCUGCUGCUUCAGCUACUGCCAGCCUUCGUGCUGGGCCUUCCUCCCCUUAAAGGCCAAGGAGUCCAGGCGCUCUUAUGGGCCGCCUGCGAUGUCACUGUGGCCUUUUCUGAGGCAGUCUUCGACCUGAUCAAUCUCAAUGGGAUGGAGCGCUUUUUGCCCAUGAAACAGGUUCCUCCUUUCGAAGGCACGCUCACUGCUACAGAAGCCAAGGAGUUGGGUUUGGUGUCUGAGAUCGUGGAGGACGAGUGGCAACUUUGGAGGUCGAUCGAAGAGAUUUGUGAAAAACUUUCAGAGUGCGCACCCACGGCAGUCUUGAGCCCAGCGGUGCCAGGGUGAAUCUUGAUCGCAGAGAAACUUGGCUCGCCAGAGGACAUGGAGUCCAUGGGUUAGGGAGGAAACUUCACUAAGGUGGUAUUCUCUUGAUUUGUUUAUCUCAAGUGUUCACUUCUGAAACUCUUUCCAGAUUCAAUCCAAUCCAGGAAAGCUCUCUCCAAAACGCGCCAUGUGUUUAUUUGCCUACAUCAUCGCAACCAGCGCCAGAGGUGGCACAAUCCAAGAUUUUCAUCCACAAGGUGGGAAGCUUCCCCAUGAAUCUGCGGCUUCACGAAGACUUAGCCGGCCACAUCGCACGACGGAUGGACGAUCCGGAGUUCGAAGACUCCAUCCGAGCGGUGCUGGACAAGGCGCAUGUGCCAAUCUACAGGCGGCCACAGAACAAAAUCGUCCCUGCUCACCUCCUGAAGGUUGAGGAGAAGAGGUGCCAGGAAUGGAAUGAGCCCGAGUGGCUGGAGGAUGGAACGGUGCUGGUUUGACCUCGGCAGAAAAGCGCGUGUGCGAAGUGGAAGAUUCGGCCG